GGCAGGGCGGCCUGGGCUUCGGCCUCCCCCCGGCUCCUAGGAAGCGGGCCGGCGGCCAGCGCGGGAGCAGCAGCGGCAGAGGCGGAGGCUCCUGCGCGUCUCUCUCCUCCCCUUCAGCCUGAGCCCGGGGCGGCCAGGCGGCCCGGGCGGCUGGAGGGGGGGUCCGCUGCCCGAGAAUGGGAAUUCUCUUCACCAGGAUUUGGAGACUGUUCAAUCACCAGGAGCACAAAGUUAUCAUUGUUGGGCUGGAUAAUGCAGGGAAAACUACCAUCCUUUAUCAAUUUUCUAUGAAUGAAGUUGUACAUACAUCCCCUACAAUAGGAAGUAAUGUAGAAGAGAUAGUGAUUAAUAAUACACGUUUCCUAAUGUGGGAUAUUGGUGGCCAAGAAUCUCUUCGUUCUUCCUGGAACACUUACUAUACUAACACAGAGUUUGUAAUAGUUGUUGUGGACAGUACAGACAGAGAAAGAAUUUCUGUAACUAGAGAAGAACUCUAUAAAAUGUUAGCCCAUGAGGACCUAAGAAAAGCUGGAUUGCUGAUUUUUGCUAAUAAACAAGAUGUUAAAGAAUGCAUGACUGUAGCAGAAAUCUCCCAGUUUUUGAAACUAACGUCUAUUAAAGAUCACCAGUGGCAUAUCCAGGCGUGCUGUGCUCUUACUGGCGAGGGAUUAUGCCAAGGACUUGAAUGGAUGAUGUCACGACUUAAGAUUAGAUGAUCUCUACUGACCUCUUCUCAUAGAUUUUGUAUAAACGAAUUGCUGGACUUUACCUGAAAGCUGCAAAAAUUAAUCGUUUAGAUAUAUUUAUAAUAAACUGAUUUAAACUUUUUCUAUUAGAAGAAAAAUUAAGACCACUUAUUUGGAAACAAAGAUGAAGUCUCACCUUCCAAUCUGCUUUCUCAUUAGUUCCUUCCAAAGCAAGGUCUUAAAGCUGUGAUUGACUUUAUUCUCAUAAUGAAUCCUCUCAGGACAUUGUGUAGCUUGUGGUAAGUACAAAGGGAGAGGAAGACAUUUUUAACUUUAAGAGCUUUAUUAUCAGUAUAACCCUCCCUGUUGAAUGUUGUUCUCUUCAUGUUCCAUUGUCAAAAUACAAAUCGCAGAUAUUCAGUUUCCAAUAUUUUAAAAUGUAAUGUUACUUAUUGAAAGUAUUUUGCGUAACGUUGUGUAUGUAUUGUGUAUAUACCGCAGGCUUAAGUUAAUGGCUUUGAUUUACGUUCUACAGAAAAGCGAGUAACACAAAAGUUAGUAAUAUCCUUAGUUAUAACCAUAAUGAGGUGAGUACUGGCAUUGGUGUUAAGUGCUAUUUUGUACUUUUCCUCUACGUUCUCUGUAUUGUGCUAACCAACACUAACCAAUCCUAGAAAUCAUUGAGCUGCUCUUUAAAAAAAAAACAAGGAAAAAGCUUGAUGUUGUGUACCUAUUUUUUUGUUGAUCAAAUCACAUACAUGGAGACACAUAAGCCAACUGAAUGGAAUAUCUUUCACAUUCUUGGCUUAGUAUUACUAAGGGGCAGAGUUGCACACUGAGCAAUUAUCAGAUUGUUCCCUUUAUUGGAGCUUAUGCCAUCUAAAUUGCUGAGUAAAUUGUUAAUCCAUUAAUCAGUCAGUCAUUAAGUGUGAUUAAAAUUAUCAAGUGAUUUUUUUUUGUCAGCAUUAAUUGAAAACUUUUGUGUGAAAUAUGUCUCUCCAGAGAAGUAUCACCUUAUAAAUAUUAUCAAAUAAUUUAGCUCAAGUCUUCUUAGGUAUUAAAUUAUGUGUCAAGCAUUUAAGGUGACUUUGAGAUGAAAAGUAAAGUAUAUUUUCUAAGCAACAAAGAUAAUUUCUUAAUUUGAAAAUUUCUUAUUUCUUAUCUUAGCAGUUGAAAUAGUUUGAGUUUUUUUUGUUUCUGUAAGUUUUCUCUUACAUCACGUGAAUGCAUUGGUUGACAAUUAUACAAAUUCUUUUUAAUGCUUUUAAGAAUUUUGUUUAAAAAAUGAUUGACAUGAUGUAUUGUUUUUACUAAGAAGUAACUUGGCCUGAAAGACCUUUUAUAUUUGCUUAGCGUAUUUUUUUUUUUCAAUAUCUGAAAGUCGAAGGUAUUUCUGUUGUAACUAUAAACUUAUCCUAAGUGUGCUAAAACAUUCUUGGGUACUCUCUGUAUCUUUCAUGCCCUGAAUAUCUGAAAAGUAAUCCAAACUGGCAUGUUUUGGAAUAUUCAAGGAAAAAAAUAACUCCUUUAAAUACUAGCCUUUUAGAUUUCAUGAAGAUUUUGAUGAGAAAUAAUAGUACAUACUAUAAGCAUUGACAAAACUUUGGAGGUUUCUUUCUAUAAAAUUGUCAAUAUCUAAACCCAAGCCAGGCAUGGGAGAUCAGUGUUUAACGUUGGAUGUUUUGUGUUUUAUAUUUAUAUUAUAAUGUUCAAAAUGCAAGCAUAGCAUUUUAAUAUUUGUCAGCUUGCUUUUACAAAAGUAAAUCCUAAAUUACUAAGCUUUGUUCAUAUGUUCUCAUACUUUUUCAAAUCACUAUGAGGAAUUACUUGUUGUAUCUUAAAAACUCCCUUAAAACCCCAAAUCCAUUUUGUAGAUGUUGCAGUUUCAUCAGGGACAAAUAUUCUAUAAAGUAGCCCGGCAAAUCCACUCCUUUUAUCCUUUUUAUCUUUUAAUUUGAGUAAUCAUGGUUUAGUCCCUUGGAUUACUGCCACAUUGGUUCAACAGUAUACCAGCACAUUCCCUUGUCAUCAAGGUGUUGGCUAAAAUUUACUCUUAAUUGGAUGUUUAAAGCAUGCACUACAUUGUUACAGUUGGUUUAGUGUAGUAGAUUAUUGACAUGGCAUCGUGAGAAUGCAUGAAAUCUUAUACCACAUUUAUAAGACGUGAUUUUUUUUUUUUUUGUUAUAUUCUACCUUUCUUGGCUAAGCAUUAGAAAUAAGGUGGUACUUAUAUACUUGUGCAUAAAACCAAAAUUACAACAGGGAAAAAAAUUUAAAUUCAUGUAUGAAGAUACGUCAAAAUCAUAUUAACAGUAUUACUUCCAAAUAAGAUGGAGAGACUCAUGAAUAGUCAUAUUGGCAAUUUAUAUGUAGUUUAAGUGGAAUUAAGCAAAGGGCAAUGCUUUUGGUUUUUUAAUAUGCUACUUUUGGGUGUAAACAAUCAUCUUAUUCAGGGUCGUUGUGCUCAGCUUUGAAAAGAACAAAACUUCAUACUUCUGUACAUGUGGCUGGAUAUAAAUAUCCUGUGUUUGAUACUAAUUUUGAAAGUCAUAACUUCUCUUGAUAUCUUGGUAAAAGUAACCAUAUGCUAUAUGGAUUUAAAUAUGUUUAAUUUUGUCAUGAUAGCAUUUAUAAAGUAUAUCUCACACAUUAUAUUGAGGAUUUUUGUUUGAAAUUUUCAGUUCUCUCUAUUAUCUUUGACUCUCACAAUGGGCAAGGAAUACAAUGAAGGCAGGUAGUUUGAGGGGCAGGGGGAAGUGGGUAGGGAAUAUGACAUUUUGCCUUAAGAAUAAAGAAGUGCUUUAGCACUGCUGGCUGGCAUUUUUAAUGCAGGUAGUUAAAGUGAUUUUAGAAGUGCGGCAUGAAAUAGAAGAGUCCCUGAUUUCUGGCCUUUAAGAAGUGCCUAGUAGGUAGUUACAGUGAGAUUACAGAGAAAUGCAACGAGCUUGAGGAAAGGCAGGAAGUCCCUGAGAUGUUCUUUUUUUUUGUCUGAGUGUGUAGUAUUAAGAUGCCUAGAAAUGGGAUUCUAUUGUCCUCUCUCUUAUAGGCACUUUACAUUUCUUGCUGUUACUACAGCAACCACAUACAGUACAGACAACCUCAAAAUCUGUUUAUGUUAGUGUAAAUAGAAAAGCUGUAGACAACUUUCUAGUUUUCUCUGCAGGCAUUUUUGGGAAUAUAUCUGUAGUGUGUUCUACUUUGUACGUAGGGAAUAGUAGCGCAUGUGCCCCAGAUUAUCUGUAGACUUGGAGGUCAUCUUCUCUCAGUUGUGUCCUGGCAUCAACCCCUCUUUCAAGGCUGGAUAGAGACAAAAUUUCUUUGGAUGAGUUAAUUUUGACACCUCCUACUGUUCAAAUUUAAUCUGGAACUUCUUGCUUCAGAAUCAGCUUGGCCAUAGCUCAGCCAUCCUUCGCUGUCCUGUAUCUUCUUCACCAUCAAUGAAGAUGUGUUAUCUCGGUCCUGGAGGUAUUCUAAACUUCGCCUAUAUACAUUGUUCCCCAAACCACUAGUUUCUUAGUAGGUUCUCUAGUUCUCUUCUAUUCCCCUACCACUGGCUUGAUUCAUUGAUUUGUGCUUUGCUUAUUAGUGUGUUGUCAGAGUUGGUGAAUACAUCAAAAGACUGGCUUGCUGUAUAUAUAGCAUAUAAGUGCCAGUAGUAGACUCAUUUAAAUUAUACUGUAUUUAACAUUUUAAUGCUUCUUAAUUUUAGCUUCAUGUGCUGAAAGGUAGAUUUAGAAAGAUAAGAGACUGCCUAGACUCUGCCAACUCCUCAAGCUACUAGUUAGGUGUGGAAGGGAUUAAGUUAUAUGUGUAUUAUCUUCCACUGCCAAAAAUGGGUUAUGUUUUAGAAAAUACCAGUACAAACGAUUUGAGUUGGAAAAAGAUGACAAACUAAAUUUAUAUGUAGUGUUUAACCUGAAGACGUCCUUACAUCCUUAAAACCAUAGCCCACAUUCUGUUUUUUUCCUCAUGUUUACUUAUAGGACAAAGAUAAAUAUUAGAUGUCUAAAGGAAUUAGUAAUGAGAAGCCUGUCUUUACAAAAUAAACCUGAUGAAAUGGGCUUUAAAAGACAUCAAAAUCAUCAGCCACGGUGUGUUGACUCUGUGUAGAUGCAGACAUAAUAUGGAAAAUACUUUAAAGUUCCACUUAUACAAAAAUAAAACUUCAAUAUCGUGCUCCCUAGAAUGUAUGACAAUUUUAAGACCAUAAUGGUGGAAUAAAAGAAGGAAGGAAUUUAAAAACUUUGGAUGCUGUAAAGUGACUGCUUCUAUUAAACCCUAAAAUUGUGUGUGGAAUUGUGAAGAAAUUGUAACAGGAUACGGUUGGGUUAAUUAUGCAAUAUUUCUUAUCGAGUAUCUAGUCCUUGUGUAUUGUUCUAAAAACUGAAGUUUAAAUCUUUAUGGUCUUGCCUGCUAGAUGUGCUGUUCUUUGGUGGAAAAUUCCCAUAGUCUGUACUCAAGAAGUGCCUAAAACUGAUUUCUGUUGAUUUUGAAGUCCAUCUAAUAAAUUAUAUGUAUUUUCUAUGGUA